GAGAUUUUGAACGGGCAACUGUGACGGAAAGGAGCAAAGAAGAACGUGUCUACAAGUAAAAGAAGCCAGUCCCUUUCCGUCCACUGUCAAACAGCAACCUGAGUGCUGCUGUUUUGGAAUCCCUCGUUCUUUCUGUUUUCGUUUUUCUUUCUCCCAUCAUUUCCUAAACAUUCAUUUGAUUGGGUUUUUUCUUCUGAACCCUAGCGUUUUGCGAGAUGAACCCCUACGACAAUAGAUACUCUGAUCCCGCUUCUUUUCACGCUCGUCGAAGCGAUUUCAUUAGAUCUAUUCCGCCGCCGUCUCUAGGCGGUCGCGGCGACGUGGUUCCUUAUGGCGUCUUUAGGUCCAAUGGGUUAGGAUCCGCACCCGUUGCUCCGGUUCCACCAUUUGUACCCCCUCCUGGAGGUUUUAGCGUAGGACGAGGUAGUGGUAGAGUGGGCAAUGGUCACGUGAGUGAUAGAAAAUACGACAUAGGUCGUAGUGGCGGUGGAAGAGGUGGUGGCGGCGGUGGAGGCGGGGUUCACGGUUUUCGGGGCUCCAGGAGAGGAGGUAGACACGAUGGUGGAUCUUCUAGGGACGAUUUGAACAAUAUUACACUUCCGAAGCAGAGUUUUAAGAAUUUGGUCCCUUUUGAGAAGAAUUUUUACGUUGAGUGCCCUGCGUUGAGAGCCAUGUCCGAGCAAGAAGUUAUGCAUUACCGUGCUUCUAGAGAGAUCACCGUGCAUGGGCAUGAUGUGCCGAAACCUGUACGGAUGUUCCAUGAGGCGAAUUUUCCUGAUUAUUGCCUUGAGGUCAUUGCCAAUCUGGGUUUUGCUGAGCCCACUCCAAUUCAGGCUCAGGGUUGGCCCAUGGCAAUGAAGGGUAGAGAUUUAAUUGGCAUAGCUGAGACUGGCUCGGGUAAAACUUUGGCGUAUUUGCUUCCUGCUUUAGUGCACGUCAAUGCUCAACCUCGAUUGGCACAUGGUGACGGUCCCAUUGUCUUAGUAUUAGCACCAACGAGAGAGCUAGCUAUUCAAAUUCAAGAAGAGGCUCUGAAAUUUGGGUCUCGAACAAAUAUUAGAAGUACGUGCAUCUAUGGUGGUGCACCAAAGGGCCCCCAAAUUCGCGAGCUUAGAAGAGGCGUUGAGAUUGUUAUUGCGACACCUGGUCGUCUAAUAGAUAUGUUGGAAGCUCAGCACACAAACCUUCAAAGAGUGACUUACCUUGUCUUGGACGAAGCUGAUCGAAUGCUGGACAUGGGUUUUGAACCUCAGAUACGGAAAAUUGUAGACCAGAUUCGACCAGAUAGGCAAACAUUAUUAUGGAGUGCUACAUGGCCAAGGGAGGUUGAAACUCUGGCAAGGCAGUUUCUGCACAAUCCGUACAAGGUAAUUAUCGGGUCACCAAACCUGAAGGCAAAUCAAUCUAUAAAUCAAGUUGUUGAAGUUGUAACAGACAUGGAGAAAUAUCAUAGAUUAAUCAGGCUGCUGAAAGAAGUGAUGGACGGGAGCCGGAUUCUAAUUUUUAUGGAGACAAAAAAGGGAUGUGAUCAAGUUACGAGACAAAUGAGAAUGGAUGGGUGGCCAGCACUAUCCAUCCAUGGUGAUAAAAAUCAGGCUGAAAGGGAUUGGGUCUUGGCUGAAUUUAAGAGUGGCAGAAGUCCAAUAAUGACUGCCACUGAUGUUGCUGCACGGGGUCUUGACGUGAAGGACAUUAAAUGUGUGAUCAAUUAUGACUUUCCAUCAAGCCUGGAAGAUUAUGUACACAGAAUUGGUCGAACUGGUCGUGCAGGGGCCAAAGGAACUGCUUACACAUUUUUUACGCACGCCAAUGCCAAGUUUGCUAGGGAUCUGAUCAAGAUUUUACAAGAUGCUGGUCAGGAUGUGAGUCCUGCAUUGUCUGCAAUGGUUCGGUCAGCUGGUUCUGGUCAAUAUGGAUCAGGGGGAAGUUUUCGCGCAAGAGGACGUGGAGGCUAUGGGAAUCGAGGUUUGACAUCAGGUUCCAAUGCCAUUCCUCUAGGUUCGAAGAGGCCUUGGCAGUAUCUAUAGUUUUGAUGCUGCUUUUGGGAAAUUGAGUUUUAUUAUGUUGAGCAUGCUUGCAUGUGACCACUGUUACAUUUGAAACAACACAAUGUAUGAUUUAGGGCAAAAGUUUGGAAAAAAUAUGUCGUCGAUGAUUGAUACAUGUAUAUACCUAUUUUCCUCCUUUGACUUGAUAAAGGCAUUAAAUUUCUGG